AUGAAGUUCAUCCCAAGUCUUUGCCUUGUCAUCCUUGCGUCUCUCUGCCAUCACCAAAUCUCAUUUGUGAGUGCUGAUUUGAUCUCCCAAACAUGUGGCCAAACCCGGUUCAAGGACUUGUGCGAGAAGACGCUCCGAGGGGACCCCGGGAGCAAAAGUGCUGACAUCCAUGGCCUGGCUAAGAUUGCCCUCAAGGCCACCUCAACAAACGCCAAAGUCGUUCAAAGCCAAAUUUCCAAGCUCCAAAAAUCAACAACCGACAAGUACACCCUACAAGCCUUGAAAGACUGCGCCGAGAAUUACGAAGGUGCUAGCGAGCAACUUUCUGAUUCGCUCACCGUGAUUGAGUCUAAGCAUUAUGCUGAUGUUAACACGUGGGUGACGGCUGCAAUGAGCGACUCGGAUUCUUGUGAAGAUGGGUUCAAGCCAGGCACCUCAAAAUUGACCGCAUUGAACAACAAUUUCUUUCAACUAUGCAGCAAUGUCUUGGCCAUAGUCAACCAAGCCGCCUCGGUUAACAAAGCCUAAUUCGGCAACUAUGUAGAAAUGGUGUUGGCCACAUCAAACCAACCGGCUAUAGCCUAAGUGAUGUAUUAAAUACGAGAUUUCUCACCUUUCUAUUCCAAUCCAAAUGCAAAAUUUCUUGAAUUAGAAUGCAUAAGAGGUUUUCACUCAUUGAAUUUCUUUGAGAAACAUAGGACUUUAUUUGGAUCAUUUUUUGCCUAGCUUUAUUGGCUCUUAUGCACUUGGUAUUUUGCAAUUUUGUAA